AUGAAUUCACACAGGUGAGCUUUGUUGACGUUAUUGACUUGUUGGAGUGAUAAACAGGUAUAUUUGGUCAGUGCCUACCAAUUUUGCGGGCCUUGAACUAACCAUGGUUUGUUUACAUGUACAACUUUUUCCGAUGCUGCCACAGAAAGGCGUAUUUUAUGCCACUCCUUCUUUGUCUCAUUUUAUCCACCAAACGUUUCAUGCUGUGCGUGAAUUCACAAAGAUAUUACUACUGACUGAAGACUGAAAUUUUACUGUUGAAGACCAUGAUUGAUCAGCCAUGGACCAGAUCAUCUUUAAUCAUGAUAGUGUGCUGUCAGAUGUUCACAUGCUUUGUCCCAACACACGUCACCUCAUGACGCGCCUCAACAGGGUUGGACAGCCUGUGUUCACCUCUAAAUAUGCGAUUUUGUCUGAUGCUGAAAGGCAUGGCAAAAAAGAGUCUCCAAUGACAGAAAACAGUGACACUGAGACACGAGUCCAGCUACAGAAAGAUGGCGAAGGAGGUGGUGAAAGGACUGUUGAAUCUGGAUUGGACGAGGAUGGAGAUUUUGACAUUGCACAUCGACCGAGGAAGGAAAGUGCAGAGGAGUGCAACCGAGACGUUAUCUGUCCUGUCAUUUUAAAACAGUCAAAUGUGUCCACUCUACUACAAGAAUUUGAUACAGACGAUGAAGCUGAUGACGGCUAUGAUGACUUCAUACGAAUUGAGCAUACUAUGGCAACGCCCCUAGAGGAUGUUGGCAAACAGGUUUGGAGAGGGGCUUUCCUUAUGGUGGACUUCCUCCUCUCUAACCCACUCAUGUUCAGAGCGGCGACAGCUGUAGACCUUGGAGCUGGAACUGGUUUAACCAGCAUCAUCAUGGCCACCGUAGCUAAACGAGUCUACUGUACAGAUGUUGGAGAGGACCUUUUAAGCAUGUGUCAGAAAAAUGUAACAUUAAAUGAAAACAUGAUCAAGCGUGCAGGUGGUGAAGUGAAAGUGCGACAGUUGGAUUGGCUCAAGUCAGAACUUUGCACAGAUUCUGAUGUUGAAUUUAGCUGGACAGAGGAGGAAGUUGCGGACAUACAUGACAAUGCUAGCUUCAUCAUUGCUGCCGAUGUUUGCUACGAUGAUGAUCUGACAGAUGGCCUGUUUCGCACACUUUAUAGGCUGUGCAAUAACUUUUUUCAUGCCUGCACCAUUCUCAUCUCUAUUGAGAAAAGGUUGAACUUCACCCUGCGAGAAAUGGAUGUGUCCUGUGAGGCCUACAACCAUUUCCGGCACUGCCUGUACCAACUUGAGGACAUGGUGGAUGGUCAAUGCAAAUACACUGUUGAACAGCUCCCUUGUACCUUCCCCCAGUUUCUUCAGUACGAACGCAUAGAGCACCUGGAGCUAUGGAAGGUGACUGUCAAUAGAGUCCCCUCUGAAAAAGCCGAGGCUUCUCAGCAGCUCAUAUCUUGACCUGCACUCUCUGCAUCUGCGUCGAUUUCCAACACCCUGCACCACUAUCCUCUCCUAAGAACUUUCUGCAAUGUCUGAGUUUUUUUCCUGGGUAUUUGUAUCUGCCACAUCACACUUCAAGUAUUGCAGUUUCACUACAUCGCAGAUUUUUUUUUUUAAAGCAUAUUCGACAAUUUUUUACCUAAAUUAAGUGUGGAGUUAAGACUUACGGGUAUGUCUUAUAUGUAUCACAGUCUUUUUUUAAAUGAUUAUGUUUUAGUGAUCGAUAAAGAUAUUCAUCAAGCGGGUUUGGCAUUUUCAGAUUAAAGGUAACCACGGCAGCUAAACUUGGUCAACUUGAUUAAAGAUAGAGUAGCGCCAACUUUUGGCAGGAAAAUCUUUUGAUGCUCUCAUCCUCAACCUCCAUAAGACAUCUCCACAUUGAUGAGCCUUUGACGUAAGCAAUAUCAAAAGAUGAGACGCGAUACGUACAGUAGUUUUGGGUUACUUUUUGCAUCAUCCCUCACUUAAAGCGUGACUGGGGAAUGCUCUACCGGCCUGAUAAGUCUGAAAGAGAUGAUACAGAAUUAUCUGUAUCUCACAGAUGCUACCUGGUGGUUGUUUGAGCACACUGCAGCGAGUCCGGGAUAGUCCCACUCCUUAACCCUUCAGUCACACACAGAAUUUUCACAGGAAUGAGGCAAAAAAAACCCAAUCUUACCUACUGUAGCACAUAAAGGGGCCUUGAUAUGCUAAAUCUACUUUUUUUACCUAUUGGAUGGUACCUGUUUUUGUGCAUUAGAGAUCCACAAAAGUCAAUCAAACUAUGGAGACAUGGCAGAAACAUUUUUAAAAGAAUCUUGUCUUCUUUUAAACUUUCUCCAAAUGAGCCGUUUGGAAUUUGAGCCAAUUGUGACGUUGUUUGCCUCAGUUACGUCAGCGGAUAACUCUGUAUAUGGUGGAGAUUUACCUGAAGAGCUUUGCCCAACUCUGCCAUUUUUAUAUAGUUGUCGUCCAAAGUUUUAGUUAUUAAGUUAUACAUUUUUCUCUAUCCUCUUUCUGUGGUGCAGACUGGCUUGUGCAUGCACAUGCAUGCUAAAAUCUUUUGUUGUUGCCAUUUUUCUAUAAAAAAGCAACAUAUACUUAUAACUUGCAUCUGUCAGUAGACUAUACGGAAUAGCUAAAAACUACAACAUGGCUGACGGGGUGAAGACACAGUUAAAGGGGGUUGGCCUGGAGGAGGGUUUUGACACGUUAUUUAAACGCACCCACAAAGUGGUGCAACCUGAAGGUACAUUGGAAGACGGUCACUAAAACAUAGUAUUUGCAAAUUUUUGACCGAAGAACAAACAUUAAAUGGUUUUAAAUGUAGGAAAAAAAUCAUAAUAUUAACCUUUUAAUACUAUCAGCAGCUGUCUGUGCAUUGAUACGUGGAGAUGAACUCUGUUGAUGCACGUCAUAUUUGACAUAAUCAGCACCACAUGACAUUGGUGAGCCUUUGGCGUAAGCGACACAGAAUGACAACGCAGGACACGCGAUGCGAACAUACAUAGAUAGCUGUGACUGUCAAGUUGACCAAGUUUUUUUUUUUUUUACAAAACAUCGAAGCUUGAUUCAGCUGAGUGACAAAAUAUUUCUAUGUGAUAGUUGUGUUGUAGUGGCCGGGCAACGACCACAGCAAUGACAUCUGGAGCAUUCUCCGACUGUGAGUGCUGUAAUCUACAGAAGAACACACUUAGAGCUACUUUAUUGGGGAAAAUAGUGACUAUAUGGGUGUUAUUGCAUAUUCAGAGGUAUCUAAUAAUGUUAAAUGUGUUUAGAAGGAAGUAGACAUUUGUAUAUGCUCCAACCAUAGAUAUAUUUUAUUUAUCAACAAUAAUAUCAAUAAUGAACUUGUUUACCACGGUCUAAUCUAGAACCAAUUGGCCGCGAUGAACGAGGGACGACUGUAUCGACACUAGGAGUGGUAAAAAUAACCGUUAAAUAUGUGUGUGCUGUGUGGUGACCAAUGUGAAAUGAUAUGCUUAUCAACCAAGCACAAGAACAGUGCAACAAUUGCAACAGCAUGACUACAAUGUAAAGUGUGGGCCCUCGCACUGAACAUCUGCAGUGAAGUUAUGACAGUUUGAUGAUCAAUGCGAGGAGUCGUCGUCAUCUACCUUCUGUGGUAAGAACUCAUACUUGUCAUCAUCCUUUCGUUUGAUGUGCCGUGUAUAAAUGUGAAACUGAUUCUUGACAAUUGGUUUUCUGUAUGACACGAGUCAUUCUGAGGCACAGUGAUUAAUCCAAGAGGUGGCAUAUAGUUAGUUUUUGCCUCAUCCUUCUGUUAAAGCCUGCGUGAAGAAUGCACUACCAACCUUAAAGCACCUGAUAAGUCUGAAAGAGAAAGGGAUGAUACAGUAUUAUCUGCUCACAAAUGCUACCUGGUGGUUGUUUGAGCACACUGCAGCUAGUCCAGGAUACAACCUUACCUACUAUAGAUCUUGUCAGCGUGUCCGCUUCAUUACUUGGAGGUGGAAAGCACUUUUACAUUUCAUGAAACAAAUUCAUGAUUACAGAAAACAACAACAAAAGGCAAAACAACUUACAAUUAAAGCUGCUAGCAGCGUUGAAAGUGCCCUCGCCUUCCGCUUGCACCUCGGGGCAUGAGGUGCAAGUCAUGUCCUGCCCAUUGCCCGGCCCAGCAUCAAACAUUUCAGUAAGAUUGUACCAUGUGGAAGGAAGGUAUAUUAUUUUCCACCUCAGUGCGAUAUUGGUUAAUAUUUAGAAUGCAAUUUUUUUUUUAAUCCAUCCGUCAUGUCUUUCAUAAGAAUUGUGAACGAUGGGCAAAAUUCCCAUUAUUUGCAGUUUCCCUUUAAAUAAAUAAGUAUUGAAUACAGACGGGCUUCACGGUGGCAGAGGGGUUAGUGCGUCUGCCUCAAAAUACGAAGGUCCUGCAGUCCUGGGUUCAAUCCCAGGCUCGGGAUCUUUCUGUGUGGAGUUUGCAUGUUCUCCCCGUGAAUGCGUGGGUUCCCUCCGGGUAUUCCGGCUUCCUCCCACCUCCAAAGACAUGCACCUGGGGAUAGGUUGAUUGGCAACACUAAAUUGGCCCUAGUGUGUGAAUGUGAGUGUGAAUGUUGUCUGUCUAUCUGUGUUGGCCCUGUGAUGAGGUUGCAACUUGUCCAGGGUGUACGCCGCCUUCCGCCCGAUUGUAGCUGAGAUAGGCACCAGCGCCCCCCGCGACCCCAAAAGGGAAUAAGCGGUAGAAAAUGGAUUGAUGGAUGGAUGAAUACGGCUGAUAAAUAUAGCCUCUACAUUAUUCAGGAUAAAGAUGCAAACAAAACACAUAAUCUGCAAUAUGAGAGUAUAUGAUGAUGGCCUCCAGACUUCUGUCGUUGAUGUCACGAGGCUUAGGCCCGCCCACAUUUUAAUAAAUAAAUGAGGGUGUUCUUAAAUGUGGCUGAAACUCAAAUUCUGCCAUCAGAAAACACACCUUAACUUACUACUGCCUACUUUGAGGGGAGUUAAUAAUAAUAAUGGAUUAGAUUUAUAUAGCAUUUUCUUUAGACACUUAAAGCGCCUCACAAAUUACUGAGAACCCAUCAUUCACUCCACGUUUAUUCCUUGAUGGUGGUAAGCUACAUUUGUAGCCCAAGCUGCCCUUGGGGUAGACUGACGGAAGCGUGGCUGCCAAUUUGGGCCUACAGCCCCUCCGACCACCACCAGACUUUCACAUUUUAUUUUUAGACCUCAUUCGUAGUUCAAGAACUAUGAAAUAAGGGCCAAUAUUCAAUUUGGAUCUGUAAUUUUAAGUUGUUUUGUCUUUUGUUGAUUAAUUUUUGUCUAAACCUAAUUUCUUUCAUGAAAUGUGAAAUAGUUUUGUACUUCCAGACCACUGUAGUCUAGUAUUACUGCCCCUAAUUUGUACUCAUGUGGGAAAAUUCUCACAAAGGAGUUUGUUUUAAGGGCAACGAAUGAAUCUAACCUGUUCAGUUUCAGGCUUCUAUGGUAUAGGAUCAUACCUGUGUGUCAGUGCUUCUCAAUUAUUUACUGUAGACCAGUGGUUCUUAACCUCGUUGAAGGUGCUGAACCCCACCAGUUUCGUAUACGCAUUCACCGAAACCGACUUUAGUGAAUUUUUUAAUUUUUUUUUUUCUAAUUCAAGACAAAGUUAUGUUUUUUUGGUAACAUUUUAGUAUGGGGAACAUAUUCUAAGUAACAAAGACUUAAUUUAGAGUUAUUUGGACACUAGGGGAACAUAUUCUAAGUAAUAAAGACUUAAUUUAGAGUUAUUUGGUUAGGGUUAAGGUCAGGGUUUGGGUUAUAAUGAAGCCAUGCUGAAUAAGGCAUUAAUAAGUGCUUAAUAAUGACUACUAAACAGCCAAUAUGUUAGUAAUUUGCAUGUUAAUAAGCAACUAAUUAAUGGUGAAUAUGUUCCCUAUACUAAAGUGUUACCAUGUUUUUUUACUGGUGCACAAAAUGAACCGUGUAUGAACAUCACCUUGUUCAAACAACAAAACCAACACAGUGCAUAAACCCACAACAAAUUACACACCUGCAAAAAUCAGUCAGCUGUUGCCGUAUCCGUGAUACGCCGAUAGGGAGAAGUUUGUAUUUACACGAUGUUAUGACCUCCGCCGAACCCCUGAGGCCGACUCACCCAACCCCUAGGGUUCGAUCGAACCCAGGUUAAGAACCACUGCUGUAGACCCUCCUGGGGGACUGAAAUCUUCCGUAAUCCGUUAUUGAGAACUUGAUAUUUAUUUUUCUAUACAAUGCACUGUGUGAGUUAAUGUCCCAAAUGUUUCAAUCUCUCCCCCUCUGUUAGCUCUGUACACACAUAUUCCUGUGUACUUGCUACUUCUACUGGGUAAAAUAGAGAAUCUGUUGGUUGGAUUGAUCAUUGCUGCCACCCAACUACAGGCUUGUGUAUCGCUCUAACAUGAAUACAAGAGUGUUGGUACAGAUAAUAAAAGUCUCCCCUGCUGCUUACAACCCUGACCUGAAUUAUGUGGAAGUAGAAAGGGCAAUACUUGUUCUUUCCGAUUUAGUCUUCUCAAAAGAAAAGCACAAAUACGCUCUCAGCAAGAAGGAAUUAAUUAUUUUAAAGUGAGGCAUCUCAUUUUUGUUAAUGUACACAUUUAUAGCUUUUGAGGUUUGGUUCUGUUUUUGGUGUGUGGAAUUGUUUGCUUUGUUUUUGUGAUAUUAAAAGUUUGAAUUAUUAAACAAAAGAAUGGUUACGGUUGCCUAUUUUGAACAUGCAUACAGGUUACAUUUAGUUUCACACUUCAACAUGUAAAAGGCUUGCUAACACAAAAAACAUUUGGGCUUGCUCAUAAAAUAUGAGUCUACAUUUGACACCAAGUUAAGAGACAAAUUUUGCAAUAAAGCGUCGGAUAAACAUCCAAAUAAGCAGCGUCCAAUAACGGUCAACAAAAUGUGUUGACCAAAAAGUGAUGUUCUAGUCUCACUGAGUAAGACUAGAACCACCCCUUUUAGUGACCGACAGUCAUGUCACGUGACACACCCACCAUCACACCAUGUGACCACACACACA